UAUAUAUUUAGAUAAAUCUAAGAACUAAUUCAUUAAUCAUUCAACCGCGUAAACCAACAAAAAACAUCAGCCCCCACAUGUAUAGAUUAGAGGAUACGAAUAGCGGCGGCGUUAUGGAUAAGAAUAAACAGAAAUUAUCUGCUUAUGGGUCCAGUGCGGGCACCGUUGCCGUGGACGCAUCGCAGGGUGGUGGUAACGGUGGUGGCGGCGGCGGCAGACAGCGUCAUGCACCGCUCUAUGGACGCUUUGUGGUCGAAGAAGAUCUGCCUGCCACGCAUCGUGAUGUGAUGCAUCAUCACCCUAGUCCUUCGUCUUCGUCGGAGGUGCGUGCCAUGCAGGCCCGCAUUCCCGCACACUUUCGCGAUCCCGCUUCAGGACCAUUACGAAAGCUGAGCGUCGAUCUGAUAAAGACCUAUAAGCACAUCAACGAGGUAUACUAUGCGAAAAAGAAGCGACGAGCCCAACAAACACAGGGCGACGAUGAUUCGUCCAACAAAAAGGAGCGCAAAUUAUAUAACGAUGGCUAUGACGAUGAUAAUCAUGAUUAUAUAAUCAAGAAUGGUGAAAAGUUCUUGGAUCGCUAUGAGAUUGAUUCGCUAAUCGGCAAGGGCAGUUUCGGUCAAGUGGUAAAGGCCUACGAUCACGAGGAGCAAUGUCAUGUGGCGAUCAAAAUAAUUAAGAAUAAGAAACCGUUCCUAAAUCAGGCACAAAUCGAGGUCAAGCUGCUCGAGAUGAUGAAUCGUGCGGAUGCUGAAAAUAAAUAUUAUAUCGUCAAGCUCAAGCGUCACUUUAUGUGGCGCAACCAUCUGUGCCUGGUCUUCGAGCUGCUCUCAUACAACCUGUACGAUCUGCUUAGGAACACAAAUUUCCGCGGCGUCUCGCUGAACCUCACGCGUAAAUUUGCGCAGCAACUGUGCACGGCGCUGCUGUUCCUCAGCACGCCCGAACUGAACAUAAUACACUGUGAUUUGAAGCCCGAGAAUAUCUUGCUAUGCAACCCGAAGCGCUCGGCCAUAAAGAUUGUUGACUUUGGCAGCUCCUGCCAGUUGGGACAGCGCAUCUAUCACUACAUCCAGUCGCGUUUCUACCGAUCGCCAGAGGUGCUACUGGGCAUACAGUACGAUCUGGCCAUCGAUAUGUGGUCGCUGGGCUGCAUUUUGGUUGAGAUGCACACGGGCGAGCCGCUCUUCUCUGGCUGCAAUGAGGUCGAUCAGAUGAACAAGAUUGUCGAGGUUCUGGGCAUGCCGCCCAAGUAUCUGCUCGAUCAGGCGCACAAGACGCGCAAGUUCUUUGACAAAAUCGUCACCGAUGGCUCCUAUGUUUUAAAGAAGAACCAGAAUGGACGCAAAUACAAGCCCCCGGGAUCGCGAAAGCUGCAUGACAUACUCGGCGUGGAGACGGGUGGGCCGGGUGGUAGGCGAUUGGAUGAGCCCGGUCAUUCGGUGUCGGAUUAUCUCAAGUUCAAGGAUCUGAUAUUGCGCAUGCUGGACUUUGACCCAAAGACGCGCGUCACACCGUACUAUGCCUUGCAACACAACUUCUUCAAGCGCACCGCCGACGAGUCGACCAACACAAGUGGCGCCGGUGCCACAGCGAAUGCCGGGGCCGGUGGCAGCGGCGGCGGUGGCUGCAGUGGUGGUGGCGGCGGACCGGGUGCGAGCACCAGCAGCAGUGCCGUCUCUGCCAGUUCAGCGCCCGCAGCGGCAGCCGCGGCAGCGGCCAGUUCAUCCUCCACCACCUCCUCAACGACAACAACCGGCGGCGGCGGUGGUGGCAACGGCAGCGGCGGCAGCACUGGCUCUGGAUUGGCGGUGGCGGCGUCGCAGCAGCCGAUGUCCCUGCCACUGCCACUGCCACUGGCGGGUCCGGGCGGUGCAUCGUCGUCAACGUCUGUGGUGGAUGCCCAUAGCCAUGGUCUGCAUGCACUAAUGCACUCAAAUGCCGCGGCCAGCGCCAUGAACAACUUCUCUGCCCUCAGUCUGCAGCCCGCCACCCAUCCGUCUGCGCUGGCUGCCCACAACAGCCACCACAGCAGCAACAGCAGCAGCAUUCACAGUAACAGCAACAACAGCAGUCACAGUAACAGCAACAGCAGCCACAGUAACAGUCUGAAUAGCCUAAACCACAUUAACAGCAACAGUAACAGUGGCGGGGGUAACAGUCGCCGCCACAUGUACGGCAGCAACAACAGCUAUUCGCAUCCGAUGGACUGCGAUCCGCCGCACGGCCAGGUGAUGCCGCCCCCACCGCCCAACGGUCGCAUGCGUGUGCCGGCCCUGCUCCCGAUGCCGAACAACUAUGCGCCAACAUCCUUGCCCUACUACGGGAACAUGUCAGCGGCCGCGGCCGCAGCUGCUGCUGCUGCCGCGGCCGCCUCUCACCUGAUGAUGACCGACUCCAGUGUGAUCAGUGCGUCGGCAGCUGGCGGGCCAGCCGGGCCGGCAUCGAUGGGAGCUACCGCCGCCACUGCGGUACCUGUGCCCGUGUCCGCCUUUAUGCCACUGCCGCUGCAGCCACUGCCACUGCCAUUGCAACUGCCGUUGUCAACGUCCUCCUCCUCCACGGGCGGCAUGUCCUCCAUGCCCAUGCCGAUGCCCAUGCCCAUGCCAAUGCCCAUGUCCAUGCAAUCCGCAGGCCAGCGACGACAUGUCGUUGGGUCUGUUGGUGCGGGUGUGGGUGUGGGUGUUGGUGCACCCGGGAACAGCAGCGGCUCGGCGGCAGGUGCCAGCAGCGAUGCCUCUUCCUCAUCGCCAAUGGUGGGCGUAUGUGUUCAAAAGAAUCCUGUAGUUAUACAUUAGCCUAAAGCGUUAUCCCUUAUCGUCUUUUAAUAUGUAAUACUAUUUUUUUUGUGCACCACCGUUCUGUCGUGGCGUGGAGCGCUCAUUGUCCCGCUGCCCAGAAAUACCGCUAUUUAUUGCAGCCAAUCCAUUAUCACAAAACCCACACACACACGCACACCUACAGUCUGUGUAGAAGAACGGUUGUGUGGUGGGAUAUAAGACUAGCUUAUAUCCCACGAUCCACAAAGCACAGUUGCUCCAGUACUCGUGGGAGAAAUCCACCCACAUACACAACAUAUAACAAAUCUAGCUGAAUUUGACCCUCACACCCACACACAUACACUCAAAUAUGGUUUAGUCACUUCACACCCACGCAUACACACACACACGUUCUAAAAACGCUCCCAGCAGUCGUCUCGCUUCCAACUGUAUGGAAAGCCCCUGGAAAUGCGUUUUUAGAACCCAUUAUUUUUUUUUUUGGUCUAAUUUUAAUGCUUAAAUUAAAUCUUUAACUGUAACCAUAACGACAUAACAUUUAACUAUAAACGAAUCAAAAUUAAACUAUAUUUAAUUGUUAAUUUAAA